CUCUCUCUCUCUCUCUCUCUCUCUCUCUCUCUCUCUCUCUCUCUCUCUCUCUCUCUCAUGGAGAAGGCAGAAAGAGAAACUCAUGACUUCAUGAACGUCGACUCCUUCUCUCAACUUCCCUUCAUACGACCUGCUCCAGUUAAAGAAAAGGGCAUUCGUCUCUUCGGCAUCGAAUUCGGUGGCGACGACGAGUCCGAUUCCGUCGAAACAACCGCAACCGAUGAAGCGAAAGACAACGAAAACAACAACAACACCAGCGACAGUACUGGUCGCAAAUUCGAGUGUCAUUACUGCUGUCGUAACUUCCCCACAUCACAAGCUCUCGGUGGUCACCAAAACGCACACAAACGUGAACGGCAACACGCCAAACGCGCUCACCUUCAGUCAACCAUGGCACUCAAUUCCAUCACCGAAGGUCAUAUGUACGGCCUCGUUAAUUACCGACCGCCGACACUUGCUUACCCUUCUUGGAACAAUAAUACUAGUUUCAACUCACACAUGAUGAUGGGUACUAGUAACAACACUACAGCUGCUACUAGAUUCUAUAGAAGUCAUGCCGGACUUCAACAACAUCAACCACCGAUUAAUGGUAGCCCUUUAGCCAUGUGGAGAUCAAUCCCAGCAGUUCAAAGUACACCAACUUGUGACAGAGACCGGCUUUUGUUGCCGUUGUUCGCCGGCGACGAUGACUCAAAGACAACAAACAUGGGAGGGCCUAGUUCACACGACCUACAAGUGUUUGAGAACAAGAAGCCAAACGUACAUGACCAUGUGAGUUUGGAUCUGCACCUGUAAUUUUGUUUUUCCUCUUUUAAUCCCCCCA